UAGCCACGAGCUAGCAGCAGCAGCCUAUAGAGCCGCCAUAUUGUGUUACUCUCGCGAAGUGGCAAGGAAAAACAUUGUGAUCACGUGGCGAAAAUUUUUCUUAUAUCAAAAGAACGAUUACGGAAGAAUCGAAGAAGCUUUACGAAUCGUUCGAAUAUCAUUAUCGUGAUCGUUGUGUUAAUAAUAAUAUACCACCAACGUUAAACCUCGCGAAGAUUUUUACUAAAGAAAAAAGAAAAAAAAAAAAGAAACGAAAAGAAAAGAAGACCGAUUAACGAAACUGUUAUCAAUAGUUUUUACCGUGGAUUUGAAAUAUGUCAUCCAUACAUUAUCAAAUUAUAAAGUGGAGCUUUCCGGCUGUUGCUUUGAUCGUUGGUCUUUUCUGGUACAAGCGAAAAAGCGCAGACAGAGCUGAUCCUGGUGGAAUAAGCACAUCAAACGUGUUAGAGACCAUCGACAAAUUAAAAGCUAGUUCUUCGAGGGAGAACGUUAAUCUUUCUGAUUCUGGUAUUAAUGCCAAUGAUUCUUACUCGAGUUUACAUGCUCAGAGUAUAGAAGAACCAAUUAAUAAUUGUAAAGAAAUUAGCGAGCAAAAAAUAGGUAUAUCAACAAUGAUGCCAUUAGCAGCAUUACCUGUUUUGGUGCCUGUCCCAAGUUCUUUGGAAGAAAUUCAUUCUUGGUACGGGAAUGUUGAAAAUAUCUGUCACAAUGAAGUAUUAUACGAAAAUCAUCCUGAUGCUAGCGAAUUUCAAAUGGCAACCGGAAAUGUUGACACUACUACUAAUUAUUACAAUAAUGUAACUAAUAACAGCGAAAAUAUGCAAAAUGUAUAUGUAAAUAAUAUCGAUAUAGAACAACAGAAUAACGAACAAUUAUUAUCACCUUCCAUGGAUAAGCAAAAUGAGAUUAAUCAUACAUCAGAUAUAAAUAAUGAACAAACGGAACAAAUACAAAAUUAUCCGCCAGAGGAAGAAAAUAAAAAUCAAACUCAAGCAUUGUCAGAAAGAGAUUCGGCAAAUUAUAGUCCAGUUUCUGGUGUAUUGGAAGGAAGCGUUACGGAUGAAGCUAGAAGUGAAGGAAGUACGGAUAGUGGAAAAGGUGGAAGCAUAGAAGGACAAAUGAAAGAUGACUCUAUGCAAUAUGUGUACGAGUUUGCUAUUCGCAAUGAUUUAGUUGGUAAACUUAUAGGUCGCAAUGGUUCCUUCUUACAUAAUAUUCGUACUAAAUCUGGCGUAUAUAUUAUCGUUAAACGUUAUCCUAUGUCAAUGAAUGAGAAGAUUUGUGCUAUCCAAGGUUCUAACAAAGGCAUCAGUAUUGCUUUGGAUAUUAUAAGGCGAAAAUUUCCUGAGAAAAAAUAUCCUGAUUUAACGCUUCAACAAAUAAUACCUAUGACGGUGGUAGGAGAAAUAAUUCCUGUAAUACCUACGGUCAAGGAAUUAUUUUUAAUCGAAGCAAUGAAUAACGAUGUUUCCGUGUGUUAUGUUAUUAAACCAAACAGAUUUUUUGUACACAUUCCUACGCACCCAUCGCAUCCUAUGUUACGAAAAUUAGAUACAGACAUGGCCGAAUUAUACAAUUCUGCGAUACCACCUAUGCCAGAUAAAGUAACAAAGGGAAUGAUACUUGCUGCUCCCGUGGAUGAUGGCAAAUGGGCUAGAGUAUACGUUGUGGAUCCUGAUUCUCGUGGGGAAACUAAUUUAGUACGACUAGUUGAUCAUGGCGGUUAUCGUACUUAUCCCAAUUGUAGUCUCAGACAAAUAAGGACAGAUUUUCUCACUUUACCUUUCCAAGCGGUCGAAGUAUUCCUCGCUCAUGUAAGACCGAAAAAUGGCGAGUGGCACCCGGACUCGUUGAAUGUCUUAGAGCAAAUAGUUACAGGACGUGUAGGACUGGCACAAAUCGUAGGCUAUAUUGAUACGCAAGUGCACGUAAAUCUGUUUUUCAAUAUUGGCAAACAUGGGAUAAUUUCUCUUGCCGAUGAGUUAAUAGCGCGCGAAUACGCAGAACCUGUAUCUUGGCAAUGCCUGGUAUCUAGCGGAAAUACAGAGGUAUCUUUAUAGAAAAUACUUAAAUGAAUUAUUUAUGAAGCAUACACUUGCUAAGAAGCGUGUAUGACAGAGACAUAUGUGAAUUUUGUGAUCGUGUUUGAUUGUCUGUGUGAAUGAAAUUAAUUAUUAAGUUAAAUUUACGGGAAAACGUUAAUUUUUAAGUUUCAACGUCUUUAUAUGUAAUAAUAAUAUUAUUUUUUUUUUCUCUUUCUUUUUCAUACAUACUUAAACAAUGGUAUGAAAUUUUUGUGUUUAAUCUGACAUGAGUAUCCUUUCAUGAUCAGCAGAGACGAUACUGAAUCAACAAUUUUAAUACUCUAUUAUCUAACAUUUAAAUAAUCGAUUAAAUCUUAUAGCAUUUCAAUGCGAACAAAAAUUAUGAUUAAUAAUUAUCGAAAUGAUGGUCGAAUGC